AUGUACACUCUCGCCCGUGAAAAUCCAUUAGCCGCCGUGUUGUGCCCACAGUUUCAGGACUUCUAUUGUGCCACGUGUUUCGCUGAGCUUGACGUAAACGGAGAAGCUGAAAUUUUGAUGUGUGAUGACUGUUCAGAAGUCUCAUAUUGUUCGCUCAAAUGCCAGAGGAAGGAUUGGAGAAGUGUACAUCAGUUCGAAUGCGAAAUUCUGAGGACUCAAAACAAUCAGACACCGAUGACUACGACGAUGCGUCUGUGUAUUCGAACUCUUCUGGUUACACUUCGCAAUUCGGAACGAUCUCCAAGUUUCAAUGGAGCAAUUAUUGAGGAUUUGGAGACAAAUUACAAAGAAUUCCGGUCCAGUCCAUCUCACAACCAAUUCCUCAGCGACUUGGUUACAAUUAUCAAAAGUGUUGGACAUAACGUUUUCCCAAAAUCCGUGGAAACCAAUAAAAUGAUUGCCAUUAUCUGUACUGUUCUGUGCAAUUCGUUCGGAAUUAUUGAUGAUAAACGGGUCGAACCAAUCGGCAGUGGAUUGUUCGUCGGAUUGGCUAAACAUAAUCAUUCGUGUGCUUCCACGGCACAUGUUGUAUUUGAGAAAAAUCAAGUUUUACUUCGUGGACGAGACAUGGAUUAUUGCAAGAAUACAACAAUCUCGUAUGUAUCCCGAAUGCUUCCAACUUUCGAACGACAAAAGUCUAUCAGAAGUGUCCAUUUCAUCACGUGUCGUUGUGAAAUGUGUAGAAAUGAUGAUCUCGAUUUCAUUGGUUUAGCUUCCCGUUGUCAGACUGUCAAUUGUUCUGGAUAUGUUAAAGGAUCCGAUUCCUGUGGAGUUUGCAAGAAACCAGCUGUCAUUCCUAUUAUGGAGAGUGCCUCAUCAACAUCAAAACUCAUCGAUAUUCUUGAUAAUCUUCACAAAUCAAACGAGUUCGACUGUACUACUCAAUACGAUUAUCUCCAGAAUCUUCGGAAAGAAUACAUUCGAAUUCUGGCAGACUGCAACGUGGCGAUUCUUCAAUUGGAUGAACAAAUCGCAUAUUGUGCAAGCGAUUUGAAGAAGAUUGCAGACGAUUUGGCAGAGAUUGCUGUCAGAGGAUGCCAACAUUUCAUCGACCGUCUCGGAAUCGGCGCUCCAGAAGUGACACGUCGUCUCUACAUUGCCUGUAAAUGUCUCUCUCGUCUGUCUUCUUCUCCAUCUUCUGAAAUUCAUCAACUCGCUAUUCAGUCAAGUAUUUUGAGUCAUGGAGAGGACCAUUCGAUCACUAAAUAUUUGAACGAUUUGGCUAAUGGUUGCGAUAUUUUUGAUGAAUAA